AUGGUCAAAAUAAAGGUCAUUGUUUUCAUUGUGGAAGAAAUUGUAUCGUUUUCCGACGAAGAAGAACAUAUAGUUAGCACUGAUAACUUUACUUCAUCUUCUGACACUGAUACAAAUUUAAACUGGAAGAAAUUUUGCAAACGGCGUCUGGAUAAUUCAAACAGGGUCUCAGCUUUUAUAAAUAAAGCCAGCGUACAGAAACUACCGCAGCCUUGGCUGCUUAUGUACGCUGAUGAUAUCGCAAUGGUAGAUGGGAACAAAGGACGGUUCACCCGACGCGUGCACGCAUGGAGGGAGGCGCUUGAGAACGGCGGGCUGAAGCUAAAUGUGGCGAAGACGGAGUAUAUGGCCUGCAACAGCACAGAUCUGACGUCUCUCCGUAUAGGCGACGACACCGUCGAGCGCACGGACCACUUCAGGUACCUCGGAUCUGUGCUUGAUGCGUCCGGGGACAUCGAUCGCGACAUCAAGGCCCGUAUAUCAGCGGCCUGGGCGAAAUGGAGCGUGGUGAUGGGUGUCAUUUGUGACCCCAAAAUAUCUGAAUAA